GAAACGUUUGUGUUAUAGAGCAAGGCAGUGUGUGUGUGAGAGUGAGAGAGUGAGAGUGAGAGCAGACGAGCAGUGAUGCUCCCACAGCCAUUGUCACCACAGUACUGUGUGUUCUGCCUCUCAUCACCUCUACAAGACAAUAACUUCAAUAUAAUCACAAAGGAAAGAACGUGAAGACAGAAGUCAAAGAGUGUUGAACUAGACAUUACACUUGGAGUCCAACAAUAACAUUAGGACGAGUGGUGGCAGUAGAGGAGUGGUUGGUUGUAGGUGCUGGACAAGAGGAAGCUUGGUGGUGGUGGUGAACUGUAUGUUUGUUCAAGUGAACACUGGCGCAGAAUAUGGCUGACUCAGAAGAGGAGGUGGAUUAUAUGUCAGCUGACUUCUUAGCUCAGUGGUGGGUGUUGUCUCCUGGUGUUAAUACCACCCUUGGGGCCCCACACUGCUUCUUAAGUGUUGGGAAGGAUGACAUCAGACCAGGACUUAUGUAUUCCCAUUCCUCCAAACGUCAAGCAGAGAUGGAGAAGAAAAAGAGAAAGAAGGAUAAUGAGCAACGGUCAAGAUUUAAAUCUGUGAAAGAAGUACAGAAAGAGCGCUUGGAGGAAGGUCUUGGCACUGCUAUUAGCUCUUCAAAUAUAGGCUUCUCAAUGCUUCAGAAAAUGGGAUACACUCCGGGAACAAGCUUGGGAAAACAGAAUCAGGGACGAUUAGAGCCUGUUUCUGUUGAGGUGAAAUCAGAUCGUGUGGGCUUGGGAUGGCAGGAAAUGAUCAAAGACCAUCGUAAGAAAAGGGAAGAAAGAAAACUACAAAAACGAAGCAAGCAUAAAGAUGACGCAGAUCCUGAAAAAUUUAGGGCAAGGCUGCACCUUCAAAGGAUAGAAAAAUUUAUACAACAGGACUUGAAGAAAAGCCAGCGCAUCUGUCAUCAAAUGGACUCCAAACAGGACCUGACCGUACCAGUGGAGUUGUGGUUUUGGCCAAGCUAUGCUUUGAACUUUGAAGAGGAGGAUGAGGAGGAGGAGGAAGACAAUGGUGAGAAUGAAGACGAGGAAGAUGAUGUUGAGUUUGAGCCUGAAGAACAGUUGAACAUUCUUACUGCAUAUUUACGCUCUACCUACUGCUACUGUAUAUGGUGCUGCGCCGUAUAUGACGAUGAACGAGACCUUAAGCAAAAUUGCCCUGGACCUACAAGAGCAGAUCAUGAUGAUGAUGAUUAGUGCCUAUGUAUUAAUAAUUAUAAAUAACUACUGCAUAAAUGAGAUGUCAAGUGUUGAUACCAGAAUAAAUAAAUGUUUUUCAAUGUAAGUUGUAGGUUUUUUAUGUAAUUUUGAUGUAUGAUAUGUAUAUUGUCAAUAAAUUAUGCAAUGAA